AUGUCUCAUAUAGAGUCUGCGCUUAGCAAACUGACCCCAGAUCAGAUCACAAAGUACAUGAGUGUGUUUGAGAUGUUUGAUGAAGAUGGAAACAGAGACGUCCACCAGAAGAGAACUAGAUGGAGUGUAAACAGACGCAAAGGGAAAGUCACGUCUAUCUGCGAAGGUUCUCUGGGUUUGAUGGUUUUAUUUAAUGAGAAAAGCAAAAAAAAGCUUUUUGAUUACCAACUUCAUAUAGCCUAUAAACAUCUAUACACCAGUGAUUUAUUACUGUAUGUGUUGAUAAAUGCAGGUGAACCUCUGAAUGAAAAUGAAGCUGAACAGAUGAUGAAGGGGGCUGAUAAAGAUGCUGAUGGCACAAUCGAUUAUGAAGAAUUUGUGGCCACGAUGACUGGAGAUUCAUUUAAAAUCAAUGAAUGA